AUGAGUGAAAGGGAUCUUGUACACCAUUACAAGGUAUUAAAACAAUUUCUAGACAUUUCAGAUGACCAAGAAGCAAGAUCGAAAUCAACAUCAUCUAGAGCACAAAGAGCAAGAGAAAAAUUAUUGAAGCUCUCCUCGGCGCAAUUCAAAGAGUUGAGCACUGAUGUCUAUGAUGAAUUGAAAAGAAGGAUAGAUGAAAGUCGAGAAGAACCCGAUUACCUCUUACCAAAAACAUCAUUCCAUCCAAAGCGUAACCAAGCAAGACAAAAACUCGCUUCUUUACCACAGUCUCGAUUCAAGGAUCUAGUUGCUGACAUUUCUUAUGAAAUAGAGAGAAGAGGUCUUCACGUUGAGUCAUCGCCGUCGCAAAACCAACACCAACACCAACGCAACGCAUCAGUGCACAGUCAAAACCACAACCACAGCCACAACCACAAUUACAACCACAACCGUAGUCAAAGUUUUGGUCACAGCCAUCGUCCAUCUGUGUCAUCAUUGUCGAACCAUAAUGGUACAACCAGCCAUGAGCGAAAAUCAUCACAAGCAUCUUCAUACCAUACUUCAAGAGACCAAAGAGAUCAAAGAGAUCAAAGAGAUCAAAAUGGUGGACAUCACAGCCGUCAGCCUUCUCAUCAUUUCAAUAAUAGUAUACCUGAAGAAUUCCCCGAAAAUUAUGAUAAUGAUUCUUCGGUCAAUGUAACCUCGAGUAAGAACAUCACCUCCCCUGCAGCUGCCGAAGUUUCAAACCAGUCUAUUGGAAUCCAAACAUCAACAGUUGUACCUACAAAAGCCAACUUGAGCUGGUCAAGCGACGAGGAAGAUGAAGGUGAAGAAAUUGACAACAACGAUGACUUUGCUGGUAAGGAAAAAGCAGGAUUAAAGGAAAGAAAGCGAGAACUUGAAGAAGUUAGAGAUAUAAGCCAAGAGAGCGAUAGAGCAUUUGACCCAAACGGUCGAAAUGAACGUAAAGGGUCAGUUUCAAUGCAAAAUGCAAUGCAAAAUGCAGUAGUACCCGAUCGCAGUGAGGAGAUUCUGAAGCUCAAACAGCAAUUACAGGAAUACGAAAAACGCGUGGAUAUACUCAAUUCAGAGAAGGAUGCAUUAAAUGAAAAAUACAACUCUUUGCACGAGGACUAUAAAUACUCUGUGGGCCAAAACAAAUCACUUAGUGAGGAGCUAGAACAAAUUGGUCAGGAAAGAAAAGAGUGGAUGUCAAAGCAUGAUGUCUUAAGCAAAUCCGUGAGCAACCAUUCUCAAGUCUCUGAAGAAUUAGAAAAAAUCAAGUCCAUAAAUGCUGCUUUAAGACUUGAGAACCAAUCAUUAAAAAGCACUUCACCUGUUCACAAUAGGGCGAGUGUUGCCUCUAUCAACCAACACUCGAUGUCCAAUAAUAAAGCUCUGAACUCCACAAUUAACGAGUUCUUAGACAAGCUCGAAGGAACCAAAUCCUUGGAUUCUCCUAAUGAUCCGUCAAUUAACGCAGCAACAAUUGCAGAUCUCAGAAACCAAAUUAAACUUUGGCAGCGUAGAUAUGAAAAUGCCAGGGCAAAAUCAAUUGCAUCCGAAAUCAAAAAAUCCAGUCUUUCUAAAUUUGAUUUGAAACCGUUUUUGUCUUCACAAGGUCUUGUAUCAAUAAAAUUGGUUAGCGAUGUACAAGCAUCUUUGGAAUCAUUUUUCAUUUACAUUGCAGAAGAAAACUUUAGUGCGGAUGUUUUGUUUUCCCUGAUUUCGAAAAUUGCAGUCAAUGUUAAUGAGAUUGCUGCGCAAGCAGAAGAUAGUCACCCUAAUAGUAAUGAGAACUCAAUUCUUUUGCGCGAAGCAAUGGCAUAUACAAUCACUGCAACUAGAUACCAUGCUAUUUACAAGCAAUUGUUUCCGAGAUUUAUUCUCGAAAAAGCAUUGGGGGAACUUGUAUGUAUUUUGUGCGAGUUGGUUGCUGUUGUGAAACUCAAUGAAAACUCUGUCAAUUCGAGCAAAGUGGUAGUUGAAAAACAAAUGGCCAAGCAAUCGGCAGUGAGUGACAACUUUGGAGCAAGACCAUUAAGAAUGGCCAAUAAACUUAGGGAAUUACAAGCACAUCCCGGGUAUGCCAAUUCUAAUUCAAACUCAAAUUCAAACUCAAAUUCAAGCACCAACACCAAAUCAAACUCAAACUCAAACUUUACCGCCAAACCUAAUCUGAACACGAAUCCAGUCGUAAACUCCAAUCAGAGUCAGAAUCAGAGUCAGAAUCGUAGUCAAGCUCACUAUACGCCGAAAUCUUUAUUAGAAUCAGGAACCGGAACUCAUCUACAACAGUCCAAUGAAAUUUCUCCAGUACAAUCUGAAAAUGCGCUGGAAAUGCCAAAUCAAACAAUUCCCGGCACCUUCGAAGAUUUCAAAACUUCACAAACUCCACAAUAUCAAAACGAUAGAGCCCCUGGUGCUAAUGGUUCUAGUUCUAGUAUACGUACCGAUAAUGCGCCUGGUGCAAAUGUGCGUUCUUUAAAAGAGAACCUUUCAACAUCUUCAAGCGACAAUCUCAAAAACGAUAAGCCUCUCUCGGAAAUCACCACAAACAGUGAUUCGGUUUUUCGCAAUCGUUCAGAGCGUAAAAACGCAGAAGUAUCUUUAGGUCAAUCUAAGUUAAUGAAUCCUCACGUUGUUGAUAGAAGCGCACCAAUAACAGAUAGUCAAGAGGAGCAAGAAGGGGACGAUGGGGACGAAGAAUUUGAACAAAGCAAAGAGCAAAACCCUAGUCAACGCUACGACGUGAACGAGAAUAUGAAAUCUCGCUUUGCUGGUGGUCAGCCUCAUUCUCAUGUAGCUGCUUUAGGCAAGAGAUUUGAAGAUUCUACCAAGUCAGAUGAAGAAACAUCGCCAUCGGCUCCAAUAUCGGCUGUGAGAAGGGGAAAUAUUUUGGAUAGGGUAAAACAUUUUGAAGAUUCCCCUCCGCGAAGUCAACCAAGAAUGCAAAGAUCUCCUGGUUCGUUGCAGUCACCAUUUGAUCCAUCAAAAGUCAUCAAAAAGGUCAAGGAACCAGUUGAACACUAUAAUGAGUCGAGUUCUGAAAGUAGUAAUUCUGAAAUAAAUACUGAUAAAAAUGCUCGGGGUGAUGUUGGACCGCUGUUGAGCAUUGGUAAAGGAAGAGGGCUUUUUCAAGCCUUGAAAGAGCGUUUUACCUCUGAACCCGAACCAUCUUCAAGCCGAGACUCUGCAUCAACACAAGCUCUAUACAAAGAUUCAAAUAACAAUUCAAAGUUGGAAUCAGAACCAGUUUCGAGGUCAAAGGACGAAGAAUUUUUCUCCUCGGAAGCUCUGAAGAUCGAUGCUCGAGUUAUCAAGAGCAAAGAUGAUGCAAGAGUAGUUUCCAUCAAGAGACCUCAAGUGUCAAAUGACGCCGAUACACUGCAGGAAUCUCAACCCAGCGUAGAUGAGCCAACGAAAGAGAGAGGUAUACCAAAACCGCGUGUCACGAUCAAUGAGCCUUCUGGUGAAUCCCAAUACAUUUCAGAAAUGCACAAAAAUAAUUACGACAAGGAAGAUAAGUUUGAGGACGAGGAUGAAUCGGAGGAAGAAGAAGAGGAAGAAGAAGAGGAAGAAGAAGAAGAAAAUAUGGAGGCGGCAAGAGCUAGACAAAGACAGGAGUACCGUAAGUCUAUGGCAGCUCAAACUUUUAAUGUCGAUUUAUUUGAUAUUGAUGAUCCAGAUAAUACAUUGACUCAAGUGUUACUUUACUUGGAACAUCAAACUGUGGAAGUAAUCAACACCAUUCAGUCUUUACUUGGAGCUAUUAAAAAACCUAACGCCACACGUGGAGAUUUGCGAGAAAAGUCCAAAGCUAUUACUGUUGUCAUUUCGCAAAUGACGGAGGCAACGAAUACAUCUAUGAAUCAAACACGUAAUGCCCAAUUGAAAGAGCAUGGAAGCUGGGUUGUGAAAUCUUUGGAAGAUUGUCAUCACCGAAUGAAUAUUUUGUGCAAGCCGGGGGAUCGAUCUGAUCUGGAAUUUGCCGAUAAAAACUUUAAACAAAGACUAGCAGGUAUCUCGUUUGACAUUGCAAAGUGUACAAAAGAAUUGGUGAAAACGGUUGAAGAGGCAAGUUUAAAGGAAGAUAUUGCUUAUUUGGAUGCUCGAAUCAGUCAUGCAGACGACUUGACCUGA